UCUGUAGAUUACAUAUGCUUCAUGCUAAUUGUGCAGGACAUUAAGAGGGAGAGAUGGGUACUUACUGAGGAAGGAAGAACAUAUGUUGCUGCUGGAUCACCUGAAGUACAAGUUUUCUUGGCCAUACCACCAGAGGGUAUUUCACCGGAAGAAUUGCAGAGGAAAAUGGACCCAGCGGUUUUCAAAAUAGGUCGCUCACAAGCGAUAAAGAAUCAAUGGUUGGAGAUGGGAAAGCAAUUAGUCACCAAAAAGGUAAACAUCAAGAAAAAUUUUAGAUUACAUAGAUCUGGAAGAGCUACUUAUGUUCUAUUAAGAUUUCUUAAAUUUUGAGAUUUUAAAGGGUGU